AAGUCCAAUAUUCACUCUCCUUUAAAGUCUGUUUUUGGUUUCUACCAACUCCUGAUGGGAAAUAUCUGGCUUUUUAGCUGCCAAAUUUUCCACUAUGAUCACCAGCUAGUCGUUAACUGUGUCCUUCUGUUACGUCCAUUUUUUGUGACUUAGAGAGGACAAUCAAGUAUUCACACAACUGCAAGAGGUUUCCUGUUGGAAAACCAUAAAUAAUGGUUAUGUGAUAUGACUAGACAAUCACAUUUUAUUGCACUGUUGUGUUUUACAAAUAGUAAAUUAUUAUACUGCCAAGAAAAAAACUGUUCAUUGAUAUUUUUGAAAGUGGAUUCAUUCACAUAUCUUUACUCUCAAAAAAUAUGAUCCCACUGUUCACAUUAUAUACAAGAUAACUCAAAGUUGGCUUGAAUGUGGGAAUGUUGAAAAGAAUAGGAUAAUUCUGGCAAAAUAAAAAUGUUUUAUAGCCCUUUGAAAUGCCUUUAACAAUGACACAGUGUAUUGAAGGGUCUUAUUAAGAGAAAUGAAAAGUACGCCACACAGUGGCUGAAUUAUAAUACACCCCCGGUGUUACAAGGAUUUGAUAUUCACUGAUCAGCCACAUCAUUAAAAGCAGUUACCACUUUUAAUAUAUUGGCUGAAUGGUGUAUACAGUAUAUACAGUAUAUAAAGUGUGGUCAAAAAGUCUGAGACUACUUUCCCAUUCAACUGUUGGACUUUGGACCCCACUGUAUAUACUGUAUAUACCAUUCAGCCAAAACAUUAAAACUUGCACGUGGUUUUAAUGUUGUUGCUGAUCGGUGUAUACAUCUUCAAAACACUUGAGACUUCUGACUGACCUUUUGUGUUUAAUUAAUUCUGGACUGUAAUUUAUCCAACUCAUAGAUUAAUGCAAAGCUGCAUAAUUAUUUGCAGUUUUUAAAACUUUUGAUUACUGUUAAUUACUAUUUAUAUGGCAUUAUAUAACCUUAAACUGUAUUUGCAGUACACAGAUAUGGGCUAGUGUCAGUAAUAAUAGUUUUUAUCAAGCAGAAGUUUGAGAUCUUCACAUAUUAAACACAUUCAAACCCAUUAAAACAAGUGUUAGAGAAACAUGGUUUGUAGGUUAAGGCUUUGUGAAAGCAGUGUUGUGCCUGAAACACAGGAUGUGAUCCCAUUGCCCCUAGUUGCAUGAAUGCAAUUGUUGUGGUAGUGCAGAGGAAGGAACUUAUCAGGAGUUUCCUUUAAAAGAGGAAAGUGCCCCUUUCCUUUCUGGAGAGGCAAACAUUUUUGGGCUGAACGAGGGACACAGGAGAUGAAAAAAUUGGAACAGUGCUGCACACUUUUGAUGUGUAAGUUAUUGGAUUACAUGUACAGUAGAUCUGCAAUGAUAGUCAUUCAUUUUAGAGAAUAAUUCCACUGUUUGAAUGCUGAGGAGUAACACUUAGAAUCAAUUUUUCAGAGGAGGAUGUCUGUGUCGGGGAAGAAGGAAUUUGACGUGAAGCAGAUCCUCAGGCUCCGCUGGCGCUGGUUCAGCCAUUCAUCCCAAGGUUCGGCUGGCGGUGGAGGUGGUGGCAGUGGCGGGGUAGGAGGCUACAUCCAACAGGAUGGCCUGGAUCACAGAGGGACGUCCACACAGGGUCGGCUGAAGAGUCACUCGCGGGAGAGAGGUGUUGGAGGACUACGGAAAACUAACAGCCCCGUCCACAGCAUCUUGGCACCAACGCCAGGGCCCACACCUGUCUAUGUCAGAGCUGGGACUCAAUCAUGGAACCAUCAACAGAACACCAUCCAAGGUCUCCAGGUCAAUGAGGAGACUUCAAAGAGCAGUUCCUCACCCAGUGCCACAAGGAAAGAAGAUGCCAACACUGGCCAGGAAGAUGUGAAGAGCAGCGGCACAGAAGAACCUGCAGAGGUUGAGGCCAGAGAGAGGUUGGCUUUGAGCACCUUCUCCAGAAUGAACACCAAUUCCUCAGAUGAGUUUUUCCAGGCCACAAAUCAUGCAGAACAGACUUUCCGUAAGAUGGAGACCUACCUCCAGCACAAGCAGCUGUGUGAUGUCCUCUUGAUAGCAGGGGAUCACAAGAUACCAGCUCACAGACUGGUCCUGAGUGCUGUGUCAGACUACUUUGCUGCCAUGUUCACCAGCGACGUGAGAGAGGCAAAGCAGGAAGAGAUCAAGAUGGAGGGAGUGGAUCCAGAGGCCCUCAGAUCCCUCGUUCAUUUUGCCUACACUGGUGUCCUUGAGCUGAAAGAGGAGACCAUUGAGAGUUUAUUGGCGGCAGCCUGCCUCCUCCAGCUUUCACAAGUCAUUCAGGUUUGCUGUAACUUUCUGAUGAAACAGCUUCAUCCCUCCAAUUGCCUGGGGAUACGCUCCUUUGCAGACGCCCAGGGCUGCAUGGACCUGCUCAAUGUGGCUCAUAACUACACCAUGGAACACUUCCUGGAGGUCAUUCAGAACCAGGAGUUCCUGCUGCUCCCCACGGCUGAGAUUGUUAAGCUGCUCUCCAGCGAUGACAUCAACGUUCCCGAUGAAGAAACCAUCUUCCAAGCUCUGAUGAUGUGGGUGCGGUAUGAUGUCCAGCAUCGACAGCAGGACCUCGGGGUGCUUCUCGCCUACAUCCGCCUGCCUCUUCUUCCUCCACAGCUCCUUGCAGAUCUGGAAAACAACAAGAUGUUCUCUGAUGAUCUGGAAUGCCAAAAGCUGCUGAUGGAGGCCAUGAAGUACCAUCUUCUGCCUGAACGCCGCCCCAUGUUUCAAAGCCCUAGAACCAAACCUAGAAAGUCCACUGUGGGUGCACUUUACGCUGUAGGAGGGAUGGAUGCCACCAAAGGCUCGACCACCAUAGAAAAGUAUGACCUGCGGACAAACACUUGGGUCCAGGUUGGAGUUAUGAAUGGACGUCGACUGCAGUUUGGCGUGGCGGUGAUAGACAACAAGCUGUAUGUGGUUGGAGGGAGAGAUGGACUCAAGACGUCCAACAUGGUGGAGUCCUACAAUCCAAUCAAUAAAGUGUGGUCCACCAUGCCCCCCAUGUCCACGCACAGACAUGGACUUGGUAUUGCUGUGCUGGAGGGCCCCAUGUAUGCUGUAGGAGGCCAUGAUGGCUGGAGCUAUCUCAACACAGUGGAGCGCUGGGACCCGCAGGCCAGGCAGUGGAACUACGUGGCCAGUAUGUCGACACCACGGAGCACCAUGGGAGUCACAGCACUCAAUGGAAAACUGUUUGCGGUAGGUGGCCGGGACGGCAGCUCGUGUCUGAGGUCGAUGGAGUGCUUCGAUCCACACACCAACAAGUGGAGCAUGUGUGCUCCCAUGGCCAAGAGGCGAGGAGGAGUGGGUGUGGCGACAUACAACAACUUCCUGUAUGCCGUAGGCGGACACGACGCCCCUGCCUCCAACCACUGUUCUAGACUCUCCGACUGUGUCGAGAGGUACGACCCAAAGACGGACAUGUGGACCACUGUGUCCUCCCUCAGUGUUCCCCGGGACGCAGUGGGUGUGUGCCUGCUUGGUGACAGGCUGUAUGCUGUGGGUGGAUAUGAUGGCCAGACAUAUCUGAACACUGUUGAGUCCUACGAUGCACAGAACAAUGAGUGGACUGAGGAGGUCCCUCUCAACAUUGGCAGGGCAGGCGCCUGUGUGGUGGUGGUGAAAUUGCCUUGAGUGUUUUUCUCAUGACAGCAGGGGAAGCAAAUGAGGGAGCUGCAAAGAAAACUGGACAAACAAAACACCAGAUCAAGGACACAUCCUCCGAGAGUCAUGUUUUUUUUUUUUUUUUCUUUAACUCGGCUUUCCAGAUUUUUCAGAGGGAAACACAGACAGAGCCUUGCCUGUAAAUCAUUGUUUCUAUCAUUAGUGGACAUGUCUGUCCACUGGGGAAGACUUGUUCAGAAACUGGAAUGCACUGCACAUUCUCCACAUUCUCAACCGAUCAAGAAUCUUC